UCUCAGAAAAUUGACAUCACGAACUUCAGCAGCAGCUGGAACGACGGGCUGGCUUUCUGCGCCGUGCUGCACACCUACCUGCCGGCUCACAUCCCCUACCAGGAGCUCGGCAGCCAGGACAAGAGGAGAAACUUCACCUUAGCCUUCCAGGCUGCAGAGAGCGUGGGCAUCAAAUGCACUUUGGACUUGAAUGAGAUGGCGCACACGGAGCGUCCCGACUGGCAGAGCGUCAUGACCUACGUCACCGCCAUCUACAAGUACUUUGAGACCUGAGACUCUACUGUCCUGCAGCACAAUCAGAGCCACGCCAGCCCUCCUGAGCUCCCAGCAACUGUAAUACCUCACCACCUACGCUCUCUUACACACACACACACACACACACACACACACACACACACACACACACACACACACACACACACACACACACACACACACACACACACACACACACACACACACACACACCAUGCUGCAUGUGGUCCUCAGUAUUAAGCGUCGAUCUCUCCUGCUGUUACAAUCCCUCUGACGAUGAGAUCCAGAAGCCGUGUCUAAAGGAGCAUCAAACACAAACUCAGUGCCUUUUUCUUUCUGCAGAUCAUAUUCCUACAACAGCUUUCCCGGGUGUUCGGGGGGGAUUCCUGCAAAACUGACUUUUCAGGGCACUCGAAUGAUUCCCCUAUUAGAUUGACUUAUAUUUUCACAUCUUCCAACGUGAGAGACAGCUUCCUUCUCCAUUCCUUCAUCCCACUUUUUGAAAAGCUUUCGUGCUCCAAAACUAGUUCAUAUCCAAGUUUUUGAUAAUGUUUAAAAGUGGCCGUGUGUCUACGUCCAACAAGAGAUGUGUGCUUUGAAUACUUCAGUUUCUAAUACUGGUUCAGAGCUAAUGCACUGCGGUGAAACACAUGGAUGCAUAUUCCGGAUGUGGUGUAUACAAGUACGAAAGCAGCUAAAACCCCAAAUAGGGAAGUCAGAAGAUGUGGUGUUUAUGUUCUCAUGUUCGAGGUAAAAGUGGAACAUCAUUGUGCGUGUUUAAGUAGCUUUUUUUUAAAAAGAUGCUCCCAG